AUGAAAUUUGAAAUUGGGCCUAACGUUAAACAAGCUAACUCUACUUGGUCCAAAUGGAAACCCGUCAUUCGAAGCGCCCUUGCCGCCUGGAUCGCUGUGGUGGUCUUUGUUAUUCCCCGAACAGAAAAUAUACUCGGGCAGGCAGCCUUCCUUAUCAUAAUAGCUUCGUUUUUAUCACCUCCCAGCGAUCCUUUCAUAGCAGUUCUGGAACGCGAAAUCAUCGUACUCGCAUUUGUAGCAUUGGGUUGGGCCUGGGUCUGCUUGGGCCUUUUGUUUGCUAGCUUAGCUCGCACACAAACCGUACCCGACGCUAGUCUACGCACUAUUAUCACAGGAGAGUACAUUGAAGCAGGGCCCUCCGUUAUCUUGGGCGUUUUCCUUUUCAUCGGAAGUGUUUUCUUCCUAUACAUUAAGGCUAGACUAGGUCCCGGACCUUUCCUCCCCGCUUCGGUGUUUGGAUGCAUAUGUGUUGGUGCACAUUCCUUGACUACCGCUGUUCUUUUUCCUUAUCCGUACUACAAGAUCGGUCAAAUAAUCAUUCUUCCAAUGGCAUUUCAUUCUGCGAUCGCCCUUAUCUUGUCGAUUCUCGUGUUUCCGCAAUCUGUGUCCGCUCACUUCACGACGUGCAUGCAGGGGGCCGUCGCGCCUCUUGCAACAGCCAUCUCAUUACACAGGUCUCAUCUCCUCGAAGACGUCACCUCAUCUGCGUUCUCCCACAAACAGAUUACAGAUGCAACAAGCAAAGCUGAGAAUACAUUGCCUAUGGUCGCAGCUGCUGCCCGAUUACUGAAAGCCGAUAUCGUCUACGCACGCUUCGCGCCUACCGAUUACGACGAAUUGCAAGUGAUCGUGCGCAAGCUUAUGGUGCGAGUGCAUGGUAUGGGUGUAUACUAUACACUCAUCGAUCCGACGCGAGAGCGCUUCCCUGUCACUCCCGCUGUCUCCCGCCCUGCAACACCUGUGCGUUCCGGACCGCCCUCUCCUCUGCCCGACAGGCGGUCUAAAGAAGAAAAGCGCGCACCCUCGGCUGACCAGGAACUCAGAAACCGCAAACAAUUCCAUCACCACCGGCCGCUAUCUUCCCGCGUACGGUCAUAUCCCGUGGACUCUACCUCGCCCCUCCAUGGUCCGCACCGUCAGUAUAAGCACUCGCACUCACACCACGCCCAUAACACACUCUUGCACAGUUCCUUGCUGCACUUGGCGCUUUCUCGGGUGCCCAAGCACUCAGGGGAAACAGCGGUGGGUGUAUUUGAAUCGCAGAAAUAUUUGAACUUGGAGGCGAUACAUUUGUCGCAUCCAGAUUCAACUUUCUUUACCGCUCGAGCAAACGAGCUACUCAGCAACAGCUGCCAGGAUCUCCUGAGCGUGUGCGAGGAAGUACUUGGAAUAUCUGGGGCCUGGAUAGGCAAUGCUAGGAAGUUUAGAUUUGAUUUUUCAAGGGGCCACCAUGAAGAUAAGGCGCAAUAUAUAAGAAAGAAGGAACUGGACGAAUUCAAAACCAAAAAGAGGUUGACUGUUUUGGACCCAUAUCGUCCAAUGUUCGACAGUAACGACGAUGCGUCUAGUGACUAUGAAGUUCCUCCCCACCGGUUUCUAUUCCACUGUUAUGUGUACCAGUACCAUCUCUUGCAGUUUUCUGCACUAUUACAAGACAUGGAAAGAAAGAAGCCCAAAUUAUGGCUUCCUUCCUUGCCGAAGUUGUUCAUCUGGAAAACAUGGGAACCGUAUGAUAUUAACGAACAAGAGGAUGAUGAGGAUCCUGAAAUGCACUUGAAACGGCGAUUGAACUGGAUUUACCGCGCCGCCAUCAGCAUCGGAGGUGGAAACACGCUCUUCGCCCUGAAAGCGGCAGCGUUAACAGGUCGUGUAUAUGCUUUUGGUCCCCAACUGACGAUGCGUGAAGCAAACAAAUUUGUUUGGGCGGUUUUCAUGGCUCAGCUUACUCUCGCGCGCUUUCGCGGAGAUACGACGUUCGGUUUAAUAGCUAGGAUAAUAAGUACUUUCGUUGGCGGCUUGAUUGGUACAGCCAUAUGGUAUAUUUCCGCAGGGAACGGCCGAGGCAACCCUUAUGGACUGGCAGCUGUGUGUGCGGUCUGCUACCCGUCAUUUUUCUUUGCUCGAUUGUAUUGGCCUAUCCCGCCCAUGACGAAUUUGAUUAUAUGGGUCACAGCGGCAUUGGUCAUGGGGUAUUCAUAUGAAGAUACUCAUUUGACUGUCUCUUCGUCACCAGGGUGGGGUAUUGAUGUGACUUGGCGCCGUUUCGUACUAGUCACCGUCGGUGUCUUGGCUGCGGGUAUUUUCUCCCACUUCCCUCCGUCAACGACUAUUCGUUCGUAUCAGCGGCGAACGCUGGCUACAACAUCGGCUGAACUUGGAGCGAUCUACUGUUCGGUCGUGUCCUAUGCGAACUCACACGUAAAUAGAGACAACGCCAUCAUAGUUCGAAGCUUGUUAGCCAUCCGCAGCAAACUCAAGCGAUCACUCAUGCUGAAGGAGAAUGUCAUAUACGAGUUUUCGUUGCGCGGAAAAUGGCCCGCUGAGAGGUAUCUCAAGAUAUUGGAGAUUCAAAUGCAAAUCGCGUACCAGUUAUGCCAUCUCAUGUCGAUAGUGCAUGAUCUGGAACCUGCUUGGGCUCAUGCCUUCCUUCGCCGGACGCGGAUGCUUGAUUCGGAUUUCCAAGGCGAUGUCCUCGCUGUUAUCAGUCUGAUCUCCAAUGCACUGCACACAGGCUCUCCUUUGCCUCAAAUUACGCCAUGUCCAUUACUUGACAGGUUCAUGCUCAGGCAUCACGGUUUGAACGUAGUGCAUGAAGAGUCGGAAGACGAUUAUGGGUUGCCACGGACGCUUACCGUGGAAACGUUGGAGAAUCUGCAGUACAUGACAUUUUGUGUUGGCGUUUCUACCACCUUUGGGAUUAUCACUCGACUUGAUCGUUUGAUGGUUGCUCUUAAAGAGCUGGUCGGCGAGCAGUAUCAUAUUGAUGGUAUGGGGAUUGAUCAUAGAAGAAGGCAAACCGCACUUCACAAAUUGACAAUGUAG